AUGCUGUUCAUCACCAGACUCGGUCUUAACACUCGCCUCCCGUACCACGGCUUCAUUUACGCCGUGGCCUUCGGUGGUUCGGUUUUCUACUCGUUCAUUGUGUCGCCAUUGGUGUUCAAGAGACUCCCUCGUCAAGAAUUUAGUGACUUGCAAGCCGUUGUGUUCCCCACGUACUUUGCCGGUCAAAUUAUCGCCCCCCUCUUGUUGGCUGCUACGACCUCGGUGUCCCCUUGUCCGGUUCACUAUGGUGCCCUCGCUUUGUCGGCUUUGGGUGGCAUCAUCAACUACUUUUGGUUGUUGCCAAAGUGUGCCGACAUUAAAGUGAGACGUAACCAAGCCAAAGAAGGCACUGAAGAGUACAAUGAAUUGUCGAAGCAAUUCGGCAAGUACCACGGGCUUUCAACCUUGGCUAACAUUGUGUCUAUAGUCUCGUUAGGAUUCUAUGGGUUGUUGUGGCAAAAGUCACUUACUUCGACUAUGGUGAUUCACCCCUAG